AUGGCUGAGGACGGCGGGCCGGCUGUCUGCUCGCGGCUCUGCCGUCUCGUCGGAAGCGCUCUCCGAUCGCAUGCUGAGGCACUCGAUGCAAUUGGACGGUCUGACGAACGCUCGUUUCCUUCCUCAGGGGAGGAAGCAGCGACAACACCGCUGGUUCUGGCUAUGGAGAUGAAGGAUGUUCUCAUCUCCCUCACGCUGGUACCUGCAUUGAAAUUCGAGUGUGAAAAUUUUCCGCGGGUGUGAAAAUUUUCAAAUACAAGUGAUCAUUUUUUUUCUUUCUAUUUCCAUGUAAUUAUGCUCUCGGAAGGUUUACAGAGAAGUCAAGAUGUGGACAUCUGGCGACAGCGAUUGGGAGAAGGUAGGUCCUAUAUUUCUUUUAGUUUUCAUUCAAAUUUGAUGUCCAACUGUUAUUAAGGGAAAAUUAAAGGAAAGAACAUACUUCCUUUAUUUUUUAGAAGAGGUGCCAAGAUCUUUGCGUGAACAUGGAAACUCAUCGCUAUCUGAAAUAUGUUUGCUUGUUUGACUCGAUAACUUCUCAGUUGCAUCUGAGGGAUUAUAUUUUCUUGUAUCAAGGUUAUGUUCCCCAAGUUUUCUGGUACGUCUCUUUCAGUCAUUAUUUGUGGAUGACGUUUUUGCAAUCGCGAAGAGCAUAUGCAUGGUGGAGCUGUGCAACCAUUCAUCGUGUAAAGAAAAAUUAAAUGUAAAGUUCGUUCAAUGAUAGGCUGUACGCCUGAUAGGCUUUUAGUUGGCCUAUCUUUGAAAGAUUUUACUCGUAGGUCCCAGAAUGAGCUUGAGUUAAUUAACUGUUAAGAGAUUAUAUGUUCAUCAAAUAUAGAUCCUAUCUUUCAUAUAUUCCUGGAAUGUUUGGGUUUAAUUUGGAUGGAAUUUAAUGACUUCUCUUUCUCAUGAAAUCAGAGAUGCGUCCACAGAUAAGGAGAAAGUAACAAAUUUGUGUCUUCUUUUUUACCCAGCCUUCCUGAAACAUGACCUUUUGAAGUAACGAAGUUUGUUGAGUGUUGCCAAGAUUUAUAUUAUUUUUGUUGACAGGAAAACACAACGUGCUCAACAGGAGAUCGCAUACUAGACUUUUAUUUUUAUUUUUUUAUUUCCUUAUUUAGUAGUGUAAAGUGUGAAACAUACUGGAGUUUUUUUUUUCUGUUUUACUUGGGGCCAUUGCCUAUCAUUUGAACGCUACUGUUUUAUUUUAUUUAGGGUGUUACUCUGGAACCCAUCAUAUGCGGUGAUUGUUCGUGGCAUAUGGGACCUCCUAUAGAAUGUCAGAGCUGCUUGGCCAGCGUUGUAUCUUUGUUGGUAAGUUUAUAGUAGGAACUGCCAAAGAAUACGGAAGGAGCAAAAUGAAUCCACGAAUACAUGUCUGAAAAUAUUAUUACUUUGUCAAAUUUAAUUAUUGAUUUUUUUUGUCUUUUAUAACCAUAAAACUAUCCUAUGAAAAAAAUUAUUAAUAUGAGCCAUGAUUUUUUCUCAUUAUCACAGACCCAAUCGUUGAGCCAUAGACAGUAUGAGUCUUACAUGGUGAAAUUCCUAUGAAGACAUGCUUUAUCGAAAAACAACAAUGCAUAAUGUUUUCCUUGGUUUUCAAAGCCAAAACUUCGAUAUAUGGGUGUCUAGAAGCACCUUUCAAUAGUCAUCAGCAGAAGCUUCUUUUGACUUCUGAAAGAUAGUUAUUCAUUGUGAUUUAUGAUUAGCAGCCUUUUCUCUUGAUAUUCUUCAUUUAACCUAGUUUUGGUGUUUUCUAUAAGGGGCUGAUUACUUCUGUACAUGGAUAUAUAGCGGUCUAAUGGAUGAAUGCCCUUCUGACAGGUAGCUUUCCUGGAAAUCAGAUGUCAACAUGUUCAGCAUAUGGCCGGCAAAGUAUUGGUGAUUAUUUCUGGUUUUCUUCGGAAAUACGUGGGUUUUCGAUCUUUCAAUUAACCUUCACAAAUUGUGUCAUUUGCCAUUUGUUUCAUUCAUUUGGGUAUGGAUUUUUCAGGAUAGUGAAUGGGAAGAGUUCUCUCAUUUCUUAUGGAUUGGCUUAGGAGUGGCAAUAAACUCAUGUAUGCCAUACUCUCCUGACGAAUGUGAGGCACCAACCCCCGCUGAAUGUUUUGACAAUGGUGCCAAGUUUGUGGCUGUUUUGAAGUCAAGACUGAAAAAAUCGAAUUGGGGCAUGCCUUCUGCUCUCAUGCAAGCUUUACAAACCAUACACAAGUCUUUGAAAAAUGAAGAUGCUGAUCUAGCAGAAUCAAACUUGCGUUUUGCUCUUUUCACUCUAUUGGAUAUUCGUUGGGAUUUUUUGCAUGGCAUGCCUGAUGCUCAGACUGGAGCACCAUGGACCUCUUCAGGCAUAGUUGAUGGUGAGCAUUGUAUGCUGCAGUCAAAUGGUCUGUUUUUAGGUGCUAUGUUUCGGCUCUUGUGUUCCCUCAUGGAGAAAACUAACUUGGAACCUGGCUUUAGCCCCUUGGAUGAUGCCUCUGUGUACGUCAAAGUCACUACUAUGGUUUCUGACCUAUUGGUUUAUUGUUCCUCCAUUUACCGCAGAUCGAAUGCAUGCAUAUCUCAGUAUCUCAAGCACAAAUCUUUGGUGAGUAUCUACGGACAUUUUAUUUUUACGAGUAUGGGUAAAGUAUGGCAUGCUCCAACAUAAAGAGCAAUGGUAACAGGUCAUAUUUAUAAGAAUUUUCCAUGAAGUGACUAGAGACUUGUUCUGCCUUAAAUAGCUGGUGUCUCUGACGCCUGUCAGCUGGUGCUAGUCGUUGGUUUAUAUAUAAUUAGUGUUUUGUGGAAUCAUUUUUCAUCCACUUCUCUAGUUGAUUAACUUGGUGCACUCUAGUGUCUUGUUACUUGGGACAAAUAAUUUUUGGACAGAAGAAUAUUCUAUUGUUAGAAAAUCUCUUUCACAGAAGGCUGUUGUCUGCGGUACUUUCCUAAGAGAAUGGUUAUUAGACAUCUGAACCAUGUGUGACAUCAUGAAAUAUGGAUGCAACUUUUUGACUGCUUUAGUAUUGGAUCAGAACUAUCUAAAUUAAUUGUUAAUGAACUUUGCAGUUUAUUAACUUGUAAAACUACACAUUGAAAGCCUUCAGUAGUGGAUAAGGUUGAUAAGUCAGUAGUAGCAGGAUAAACCCGAUUCAUUCUGAACACAGAAUCUUCUGAACCGGAUUGGAACCAACUCUGACGUCGUUAGGAUGUGCAUUCUUCUAAACAUAAAGUAGGUUCACCCGCUUAGGGCCUUUCAACCCAUUCUGGUCAGUUGAGACAGUUUCCUAAGCCAUAGCCACAUCUGUUUCAUUUUUAUGUGUUUUCGAAAUCACAGGAUAUUUAAGGGUAUAUGAAAUUGCACCGGUAAAGCUUGUAGUCAUUUCAAAUUUGAGUCAGCAGCUUUUUGUUCUUGCCAUGCUUAUUACCCACCCGUAUUUGACUUUCCCAUUUCUAGCAAAAUAAUUCCAAAAUAAAAUUGGAUUGCUGCAUCCAUGGAAUAGGAUGGCCGCAGCAGUUUAUAAAAAAAAUGUCCCAGACAUUGCUAUGAACUUACAGACUACUAUUUCUUUGAUCGAUCAGUUGUACUAAGUUAAUAUUACGUUUUCCUUGUUUUACAUAUCAUUUACAACUUAUACGAAAAAAAAGUAAAUUAAAACUUUCUGAUCUUUUAGGCACUAAUGAUCCGGCUUAGUUUUUGGACACAUUGGCAUGGUUAUGCUCUCGUAUCUUGGGCGCAGUUGCUCCAAAAAUAUUUUAAAGAUAUUAUUCUCAAACCCAUCACAAGAGUUUUUGAUGAUUGUGGCAUGUCCAUGGAAGGAUCUCCAUUUCUGUCCAGUUUUGCUCAUCAAGGAAUGUCAGAUAAUACAUUACACCUACAGAGGCAAACAAUAUUUCUCUUUGUCAAGUGCUGCUACAACUCAUUCCACUGUAGUAAGCAAGUCUGUCAGGAUGGCCCAUCCGGUUACAAGUCACAACCACAUCCGCAGGGCUGCUUCUUUAAUGGGCUAUCUGAGCUUUCUACAUGGCUUCAGGUGCAUGUCCCCCUGGAGAAGAAUUCAGACGACCAUGUUUACCUAAGAUUAUGUGGCAGAUUCUCGUUAUCUUUCCUACAGCUUUUCAUUGACGAGGUAUCCUUUCAUUUCUCUUACUGCUUUACUAUCCUUCCAGUUGUAAAGUUCGGGCAGUUUUGCAUAUUUUCUGUUCUCUUUCCUAACCUUUGCAGAGUUGCUUUGGGGCAUAGUCUAGAACACCAUCCCUUCGUUAAGUUUGCUCUCUCUAUCUAACCCAAUGGCGGGUCUUGACGCUGCAGGAUGACUUACUUUUUGAAAUGCUUAUGCAAUUUUUAGAUACUCCAACCCCAACUUCAAAAGGGUGAGCAAAUUCGCCCAUUUAGUUACUAAGUUUUUUUUUUUUGGGGGGGGGGGGGGUGGUUUGGGUGCUUUAGAGGAACAUCUUUACACCUUUUUUUUCAAAAUCCUACCAGUCAGGGCAAACAUGGAAGCAAAGAUUCCGAGGAGACGAGAAGAGAUGUUAGUCACAUCUCGAAUAUAUUCAAUCCCAUUCGUCUUCUCCACCUAUUCCUACUACUGGUGAGAGUCUCACAUGAAAACUGUUCAAUACACAAUCUCUUCGAAGUUUUUCCCCCCUUUUCUUUCUAGGCAUGACCAUCACUCGGUUCAUGGCUAUGUAUGAUGAUCGGAAAGGCCAGGAUGAUUGCUUUACUCUUUGUUUUUCAGUAAAACGAUCAUCAGAAGUUUGUCCCCACUAACCCCUUUUUAAUUAUCUGCAGAUACACUACGAUCACUCCGUGCUUCUUGAUUAUCUUAUCUCCAAGGAUGCAGGAAUUCCCUGCGUGCAGUAUCUUCUGAGGUACCCUUCUCCGUGCAUUUUGUCCCAGAAGGGAUCAGAUGAUCUCGGAAUCCCGCUUUCCGUGGCCGCUGAAUAAAAGAUCAUAUGCCCUGCAGGUGCUUACGUCUGGUGUGUGAAUCCUGGGGGGCCUUCUCCGAGUUUUCCAUGUGCCACAGUGAGAUUGUUCAGGUUCAUCCCAAGAGAAGGAAGCCGUCUAUGGAGACCCGUGAUUCCAGCGAGCCGGCUGCCUCUCCCACCGACGACAUCAACGGCUCGGGGGCCCUUGAAAGUAGCCGUGGGACGGCAAAGCGACCCUAUCAGGACGCCAGAGGGUGCCUUCUCUCUCUAAAGACGUCAGUAGAGGGUCUCCACCAGAGAGGCCUCUUCCCCUACAACCCAACGGCCCUACUUCGGAGGUACGUCGAGUCCCGCAGUGGGUGA